UUUUGCUCGCCAUAUUGCACGCUGGCUGCACGCCGCCGCAUCUGCUAGCGGAUAAGACAGCUAUAAUGUCUGCUUCUAAAAGGAAGAGCAAGUCAGAUGCAGCAAAUGAUCAGCUUACAAGGAUUGCUAUUGUCAGCACUGACAAAUGCAAGCCUAAACGAUGUCGACAGGAGUGCAAAAAGUUUUGUCCUGUAGUCCGAAUGGGAAAGUUGUGCAUUGAAGUAGCUCCAACUGACAAAAUAGCAUUUAUUUCUGAAGAACUGUGCAUUGGCUGUGGUAUCUGCUCUAAAAAAUGCCCUUUUGAAGCCAUAACAAUCAUAAAUCUGCCAAGUAAUUUGGAACGUGAUACAACUCAUCGUUACAGUGCUAACUCAUUCAAACUGCACAGGCUACCUACCCCUCGUCCUGGUGAAGUAUUGGGGCUUGUUGGUACUAAUGGUAUUGGAAAAUCAACUGCUCUUAAAAUUUUGGCAGGAAAGCAGAAGCCAAAUCUGGGGAGAUUUAAUGAUCCUCCAGAAUGGACAGAGAUCUUAGAAUAUUUCAGAGGCUCUGAACUUCAGAAUUUCUUCACAAAAAUUCUUGAGGAUGAUUUGAAAGCUUUAAUCAAGCCACAAUAUGUGGAUCAGAUUCCUAAAGCCGUUAAGGGCUCUGUUCAACAGUUAUUGGACAAAAAAGAUGAGUUGAAGAACCAAAUGCAUGUCUGUGAACAGCUAGAUUUACUGAAUGUGAGGGACAGAAAUGUGGAAGAUCUAUCUGGAGGAGAGCUACAAAGAUUUGCCAUUGCAAUUGUUUGCAUUCAAAAUGCUGACAUCUUUAUGUUUGAUGAGCCCUCCAGUUACCUUGAUGUGAAACAGCGUCUCAAAGCUGCCCAGGCCAUCCGUAGUUUGAUUCACCCAGACAAGUACAUCAUUGUUGUUGAACACGAUUUGUCAGUUCUGGAUUAUCUGUCUGAUUUUAUUUGCUGCUUGUAUGGUGUGCCCGGUGCUUAUGGUGUUGUUACCAUGCCUUUCAGUGUUAGAGAAGGUAUAAAUAUUUUCCUGGAUGGUUUUGUACCUACUGAAAAUUUGAGGUUCAGGGAAGUUUCACUAACCUUCAAAGUUGCUGAGACUGCAUUGGAGGAGGAGAUCAAGCGCAUGUGCAGAUAUGAGUACCCUGACAUGUUCAAAAAAUUAGGUGAGUUUGAGCUCUCCAUUGAUGCUGGUCAGUUCACGGACUCUGAGAUCAUAGUCAUGUUGGGAGAAAAUGGUACUGGUAAAACAACCUUUAUCAAAAUGUUGGCUGGAAGACUUGCACCAGAUGGUGGGGGUGAGAUUCCUGUACUCAACGUUAGCUACAAACCUCAAAAGAUUAGCCCAAAACACCAGGGCACGGUUAGACAACUUCUGCAUGAGCGAAUCCGAGAUGCAUAUGUGCACCCACAGUUUGUUACUGAUGUUCUUAAACCAUUGCAAAUUGAGCCUAUAUUUGACCAGGAGGUUCAAAAUCUUUCUGGUGGUGAGUUGCAGCGUGUGGCCUUGACCUUGUGUCUUGGAAAGCCUGCUGAUAUUUAUCUUAUUGAUGAACCUUCUGCAUACUUGGAUUCAGAGCAGCGUCUGCACGCAGCUAAAGUGAUCAAGAGGUUCAUUCUUCAUGCAAAGAAGACAGCUUUUGUUGUUGAGCACGAUUUUAUCAUGGCAACAUAUCUGGCUGAUCGUGUAGUUAUGUUUGAGGGGCAACCAUCAAUCAAAACUAAAGCCAAUUCGCCGCAGUCUCUUUUAAAUGGAAUGAACAGUUUCUUGGAAUCCUUGGACAUCACAUUCAGACGUGACCCCAACAAUUUCAGACCACGCAUUAACAAGCUUAACUCUGUCAAGGAUGUUGAGCAGAAAAAGAGUGGCAAUUUCUUCUUUUUAGAGGAUUGAAACUGGCCUAGCCAAGGGCAGAAACUUGGCAUGGUUGAAGGGCAGUGGUCUGGUUUCAACACCUUCCUAUGUAAUCUCUGAUAUCCAGUCUCCAGAGUGGAAGAGGAAGCAAUGGGUUGCUGAUACACAAGUAGUGAGGCAGAUUGCCUCUAAAUUGUCAAUGCUGCUGGCAUCACCUGUACAAUCUGUGGCUUGCACCAAGAUCUAUAAUUGGCUGUAUUGCAAGCUUGAAAUGAUGCUUUUCGUUACCAUCAAAGGGUUGUUGGGUUUAUUGAAUAGGUUUCUGACUAAAGGCGGCUUCCCACUUUCAUCCCCUGAAGGCAAAGUAAAACAUUGGGUCUCAGAAAUUAUCAGACUGCUCUUCAGUUCCUGCCCUGGAUUUUUGGUCAGAACUGUUUGGUUUUCAAUUUUAAAAACAAAAUAAUGCCCCAAAAAUAUAUUUUUUUAUAAAUGAAGUCUAGAUAAUCUGAUGAGCCUCUAUUUUGCCUUUUUGAAAGUGGGCCAGCUCGGGGGUUAAGGGGUUAAACAAAAAGUUGAUGGUAAUGAUUGAAAGUCGUGGACCUUGUAAGCCACUGUAACCGAUGCCAGCAUGAAAUUCUUACACCACUAGCAGAACAGACCACAAAAACCCUAUGUUUUUACCAGUUAAGCUGGUACUGAACUGGUUUUAGAUUGUAAUUUAUUGAAACUGUAAAAUUGUGUAUAUAUAUUUUUAUGAAUCAAAGGAUGUAAGAUUAUUAUGACCAUUUGUUGAAGGGAUUCUUUUAAAAAAAUGUUAUCUACUGAAAUCACUUAUGAAAAUUAUUUAUUAAACGUUUUGGGCAUUGAA